AUGGAUACGGGGAAGAUCUCGGAAUACCUUCCAGAUGCAGCUACCUGCACUCUAUGCAUGCGUGUGUUCCACGAGCCGGUGACUUUAAACUGCGGCCAUAACUACUGCCACGCUUGCAUCCAGAAGCACUGGGGAGGUGCGCAGAGCAACGUGGCUUGCCCCCAGUGCCACCAGAGGUUCGAUCAUGUGACCCUGAUGCUCAACAGGCAACUGGGCAACGUUGCCUGGCUCAUCAGAAAGCUGCAAGACAAGGGGGUGUUGAAGAAACCCAGCCGGGGGUUUUGCGAGGCUCACAAGCAGCUGCUGACCGUCUUCUGCCAGAAGGACCAGGCGCUCCUCUGCGCCGAGUGCCUGAUUUCCCCGGAUCACACCGGCCACACCCUGGCUUCUCUGGAAGGGGCAGCCCAGGCGGCCAAGACCAAAGUCCGGGUGUUUCUGGACCUUCUGAAGAUUCAGAAGGCCCACAUCCGAGACAGCUUUUCAGACGCGCGAACCGAGAAAGAAAACCUGGAGAAAAUGAUGGACCGUGAGAAUCAGAAGUUUCGCUCGGGAUAUAAGGAGAUGUAUGAGCUGGUGAAGACGGUUCAGCUGGACCAAAGGCUGGCAGCCAAAGGGAUCAGCGAGGAGAUCGAGGAAGAGCUGGCCCGACUGGCUAAGAACCACAGCGCAGUCCGGGCCUUCGCCAAGGGGCUGGAGUGGAAGUUCGAAGAACCCGCUUAUGAAUUCCUGAUGGAUAUCAAAGAGGUGAUGGCCAGGUGCAAAGAACUUCUGGCUCAGCCUCCCGAAGGAAACUUCCCCCCCUACAAAGAGAAAAUGUGGGAUCUCUCCAUCAGAAGCCUUUUUGUGGACGAUACGUUGAAGAGGUGCAAAGAUGCCCUCCCACUGGUGUACGUGUGGGAAAGAGCCAACGUGACCAUGGACCGCCUGACCGCCCAUCCGCACCUGCUGCUGUCCGCCUCCAAGAAGAUCGUGACUCACGACGCCACCCCCAGCGGGCUGCUCCCUGGCCGCCAGGCCUUCGACACCACGCCCUGCAUCCUGGCGGAGAAGGGGUUCACGGGGGGGCGGCACUGCUGGCAGGUGGAGGUGGCCUCGAGGGGCCGCGGCUGGGCCUUCGGGGUGAUGAAGGACUCGGUGUCCCGGAAGGGGCCGGUGGGCAUCUCCACAGACGAAGGCAUCUGGGCGCUGCUGCCCGAACACCUGCCUCCCGCCGAGCCUGAGCUCAGCAUCUGCAGCUUCCGCCUCUACCUGGACUACGAGGGCGGCACCAUCCACUUCUUUGACGGGGUGACGCGGGAGCCGGUGGCGCUGCUCUCCUACGCCGUCUUCCUGGGCGAGAGGGUCUUCCCCUUCUUCAAGCUGGAGGAGCCCAGCUCCCAGAUGUGCAUCGUGCCCUGA